AGCAUUUUGGAGAUCAAAUGUCCUUUGGUGUUUACAAAGUUCAUUUAUACAGUGAGCUGAAGAAAGCACGCGUACACCAGACGCUUACUCUUUAUUCCAAGCACAACUGAAGCAUUUUUUUUUUUCAUCACACGGACAUGUCGACGUCAGAGCAAAAUCUUUCCGACGAAUUCGAAGGGGAACUGCCGGCGGAGGAGAAGCCUCGUCUUACCUUUACACAAGAUAUUCCACCGGCCAUUCAUUACGGGCAUAAACUGGAUAUGACAGAUAGGGAUCCCGUCAAAAUGAACGACCACGUAAAGGUUUUCUUUCAAGACGUAUUUGCUGAGCCGGAUGGUUCCCACAGCAUUGAUGGGGUCUGGCGGACGAGCUUCAAUACGUUCGUGGCCACCAAGUACUGGUGUUACAGGAUAAUUACAGCUAUCUGUGGAGUACCUACUGCCAUCUUGUGCGGAAUCUACUUUGCUUGUCUAAGUUUUGAUUACAUCUGGUGCAUCAUGCCCUGUUUGCGUGCUUACGUCAUUGAGCUGCAGUGCCUUGGGAAGCUGUUUAGCCUGUGUGUGCGCACAUUUUUCGACCCGUUUUUUGAGUCUGUGGGAAGAAUUUUUGGUGGAAUGAGGAUUUCUCAUGCAAGAGAAGACAACAAACCCUUUUCGGCAUGAUAACAUUUGUCUUGUCACGCAAAUGUUUCUGAUUGAGUUGUCUCGAUUUUCUUAAAGUGCAGAGAAAAGAACUUAAAACAUAACGCUAAACCUAGGAAUUCCGUACUCAUGUUUUACUUAAGUUCGUCAGUAUUAUACCAUUAAUAUAUAUCAACCAACCUAGAAUAUAAUCUUAUAUACCGCAUUUACAAUUAUUAAGGCUCAAUUCAACUAUUCGCCUAGGAAUUCGCAAAGUUUGUUCGCUCACCUUGCAGAACCGAACGUUGCAAGACGAACUUUAUGAUUAGCCUGGUUUAUAGAUUGCAGAUAUUCAUGGCUUUUUAAUUCCGGUUGUGUUCUAGCAUGUCUCUAAUUGAACAUACGUCCUCUAUACAUACUUUUAUACACUUUUAUACUUAUACUUUUAUAUCUACUUUUAUGUACUUAA